AUGUCGGCCUCCCGGUCUACCAGCAUCUCCGUGACCCCUCGUGGUCCACGGCCUCCUGUUGGACGCCUUGCAAGUCUAAAGCCCCCGAGUUCAACCCCGAUCAGACGUCCACAACCGAUCGGACGCCCCCAACCUGCACGCCCUAAAACACACCCGAAGACUCAAAGCUGUCCCAACCCGGGGUGUCCUGCCCCACAUAUCGUCGAGGAUGAAGGCCAAAAAGUUUGCUCUGGGUGUGGUACUGUUAUCAGCGAAUCCAAUAUUGUGUCCGAAGUGACUUUUGGAGAAACAUCAUCCGGUGCUGCAGUUGUACAGGGAUCUUUCGUCGGAUCAGACCAGACCCAUGUCCGAAGCUUCGGACCAGGUUACAAUCGGGGUGGUGGUAUGGAAUCUCGGGAGUUGACCGAACAGAAUGGCAAUCGAUAUAUCAAUCAACUAGCCCGAAGUCUCAACAUCCCUGAAAGUGCCGUGAAAGCUGCUGGUCAGGUUUUCAAACUCGCAGUUGGUCUCAACUUCAUUCAAGGUCGACGUAUAAAAAAUGUCGCCGGUGUUGCCUUAUACAUCGCUUGCCGUCGUCAGGAUGGUAAUACAUCAAUGUUAAUUGAUUUUGCGGAUGCCUUGAUGGUCAAUGUUUUCAAACUUGGUCGCACAUACAAAGCCCUUCUCGACGAACUUCGGCUGGGCGGCAAUGUCUUUCUUAUGAACCCCAUCGACCCGGAAAGCUUGAUCUACCGAUUCGCCAAGCAACUGGAGUUUGGAAAUGCCACGAUGCAAGUGGCGGGCGAGGCCGUCCGUAUCAUCCAGCGGAUGAACCGUGAUUGGAUGUCAACCGGUCGACGUCCUGCUGGUCUCUGUGGCGCGGCGUUGAUCCUGGCAGCUCGAAUGAACAAUUUCCGCCGAACCAUUCGUGAAGUGGUCUACGUUGUUAAAGUCACCGAGGUCACCAUCAGCCAACGUCUAUACGAGUUUGGCUCGACUGAGAGCGGCGAGCUUACUGUGGACCAAUUCCGCUCGGUGCAAUUGGAAAAUGCGCACGAUCCCCCGUCCUUUACUAGGGGUAGAGAGGGUAAAAAGUCGAUUCGUGCGACAACCAAACACCCAGAGACUGCGGCCGAAAUUGAGGGUGAUUCUGUGGAAAGUGACAGGGAAUCAACUCAUCCUCCGCGAUUUGAUGCCGACGGGUUUGCCAUUCCCAAUAUUCCAAUUGAUCCCGCCUUGAUGGAUAAUCCUCAACGACGAGGAUCUGUUGCCAAGGCUGUGAACGCGGUCGUCGAGGAUGCUGAGAAGGAGAAGGCUGGCCUCAAGGACGUGAAGAUUAAGGGCUCUCGGCGCCCAUCUUAUCCCGCACCUUCUGCAGAUCAAAUUGCAUCGGAGGAUGCACUUGAAGAAGAGAUCCAGACCAUGCUGGCCAAAGGUUCGGAUCUAGUCGAGAGUAUUACCGAGCCCAAACCGGUCAGUGUCGUUUCUGACAGCGUUGAUAUCGACGAGGCCGAGUUUGCGGACGAUCCCGAAGUUGUCAACUGCCUGCUCUCCACCGACGAAAUCGAGCUGAAAGAGCACAUCUGGGUCCACGAGAAUAAGGAAUAUCUUCGCACACAACAGGCAAAGGCCCUAAAGCGGGCACUUGUCGAAGCCACUGCUGGUCCCUCUACAUCCAAGCCUAGAAAGCGCCGCAAGGGCCGUCUUGGUGAUGUGACCUACCUCGAGGGCGAUGGCGAGGAUGGUCGCAGCUCUCGCGCUUCAACCCCGGCGGAGGCCACACGCCGAAUGUUGGAGAAGCGUGGGUACAGCAAGAAGAUCAAUUACUCACUUCUCGACAACCUAUACGACCAAGACGCCUCAAGCGAUAAAACUGCGAAAGUGGAGUCUCUGAGCCGAAGCGACAGUCGCAGUCGCAGUCGCAGCCAGAGCGUUGUUUCACGCCGCAGCGUGAGCGUUCAACCUGAGCCGGCACCGGCACGCUCCCGACGUGCAGCACGCGCGUCCUCGCGAGCUCCUUCGGGUGUGACCAGCAAGCCUGUGAUUUUCGCUGCUCACCAGCCCACGCCACCUCCCACUGCUCCUUUGGUCUCCGCUGUGUCGACCCCGUCAGCGACCGCUCCGGCUGUCCCCGCAAAUGAUGAUGAGCCUACAGGCCCUGAUCUCGACGAUAUGGACGAGGACGAAGACGAUGCUGAGGAUGACCACGUCGACGACGCGUUCGCCGGAGAGUACCACAAUGAUUACCAAGACGACUAUUACGAUGCGGGCAGCGAUUACGACUAUGAUUAA